AUGGCACAAACAUUAGCUGACCGGGUCAAGGCCAUUCCUCCUGUGACGCGUUUCUUUACGAUCACCUCUGUGCUCGUAUGUUUGGCCAUCAGAUUAGAGUUUCUAAGCUUUGACCAGUUAUUGUGGCGCUGGCAUUAUGAAAUCCAAGAUUAUCGCAGGAUCUACGAAUACAGCAAGUACGCUUCUCGCUCACAAACUGCCAAAAAUGUAUUCUUUCAGUUUAUCCAGUCGUACAGGAUAUUCACCUCGUUCUUGGUUCCUAGCGGAAUGUUAGGUAGUGGUCCCCUAGAUGCCGUUUUGGAUAUCUACUUUUUCUAUACCUUUGCCAACCACUUGGAAAGUUCCCAGGGCAAGUUCAAAGGAAAUUUCGCAGAUUGCUUGUGGUUCACGCUUGUGACCGGCACCAGUAUUGUCUUUGCAUCGUUGGUGUACAAUGUAGUGUUUGACAUGAGACACAUGGAAGUUUACCAUCUGAUGAUGCUGACGUGUAUCAUCUAUGUCUGGUCUAGAUAUCUGAAGAAUCUGAUGAUUAACUUCUUUGGUGUAAUUCCAUUGAAAGCAUACUAUUUACCACUUUUCAACAUGGGUGCCCGGUUGAUAAUAUCGGGUUUUGACUCUUCCGUCGACGUAUUCGUUGGUAUCUUAUGUGGUUACUUGUAUCAGUGUAUUCAAUCUGAUACCAUGCCUUUCUACAACUUGUAUCCUACAUCAUAUGGCCAGAAUCCCAGUGCCCAUGGUGCCAACAAUGGAAGGAGGGUGGGCUCGCUGGGCUCCCGAGAAGAAAAUAUUAGCAAUGACUGGAUUGAAGACUCCAUUUUUGACAAGGGUUAUUUGAAGGCUCCGUUGUGGUUUUACAAUCUACUUGGAUAUCCGCUGAACAACUCUGUGCGAGUCACCGCGUUCACUAGGGCUCCUCACCAUAGCAGGACGGCUUCGGCUUCGGCUCCGAUGAAGAAGGAAACCAAUGAAGGUGAAACUUCUGGUUUCUCGUGGUUUCCAAAUGAAGAGAAGGUUGUGUUUCAAGGUAAGGGCCGUCGUCUUGGAGAUUAA